AUGGAUGUUUAUCAAAAUUAUUGGGUUCUACAGCAAGUAUUGAUGCCUGUGCGCUUAAGCGUGAGUGUCUUGAUGAUAACAAAGCGGCAGACGGGGAUGGCAUACGCUAAUAUAUUAUCUGUGUCUCGAGAUUUGUUGGAGGGGGAGAAAGCUUGUACUCUCUGACUUCAUUUUGGGUUUGAAAG